GGCCCUACAGUAUUAUAGAUCAACAAAGAAGCGUCGUUUUGACUUUUCUGCAUUUUUUUCUUAUUUGUCUUGCAGACUCUUGCUAGUUAUUUUAAUUUUCACAAAGUGGUUCUUUGCCACUUAUGAUAAUCAUGUAACUUGGGGCAAACAGUUUCAUUAUCAUGUGACUUGGGGUUUUGUCUACGGUCUGCAUAUGAGUAGCAUUGCCACCUGCCACUUACCGUUGUUGGUUUCCUUGAAAUUAAGAAUUAGAAGAUUCAGGGAAUCGGAGGACGUCUUUUAAAGUUCCAACUAAAAUCAUUUGAUAUUGGAGGAGCCUCUUGAGUUUGGUCCGUGGAGCCUGGAGAUUGUUCGAAGAUGGCGGUUAAAAAGUCCGAAAUUAAACGUCUCAGCGAAGAUCAUUUGAAGAGAAAGCCGGAAGAUGUUUUUGACAUCAUCUGCAAGCUCGGAGAAGGAUCUUACGGAAGCGUCUACAAAGCCAUUGAGAAGGAAUCCGGAAUGGUUGUGGCGAUCAAGCAGGUGUCACUGGAUGCCAGCUUGCAAGACAUCAUUCAAGAAAUCUCCAUUAUGCAGCAGUGCGAUAGUCCGCAUGUUGUCAAGUAUUAUGGCAGUUAUUUCCGCGACAGCGAAUUGCUCAUCGUUAUGGAAUUUUGCGACGGCGGUUCGGUGUCUGACAUUAUGCGUCUGCGUAAGAAAACCUUAGCCGAAGAUGAAAUCGCAACAAUUCUGAGGGACACCUUGAAGGGAUUGCAGUAUUUGCACGAAAUCAGAAAAAUUCACAGAGACAUAAAGGCUGGGAAUAUUCUGCUCAACACAGACGGAAACGCCAAACUUGCAGAUUUUGGCGUUGCUGGUCAGCUUACCGAUACAAUGGCGAAAAGAAAUACGGUUAUCGGAACACCGUUCUGGAUGGCACCGGAAGUGAUUCAAGAAAUCGGAUACGACACAAUGGCUGAUAUCUGGAGUCUGGGAAUCACAGCCUUAGAAAUGGCUGAAGGGAAGCCACCGUAUGGUGACAUCCAUCCUAUGCGUGCUAUUUUCAUGAUACCUAGUAAACCUCCGCCUACAUUCCGCGAACCUGAUCAGUGGUCGGCUGAGUUCAUUGAUUUUGUAUCAAAAUGCCUGGUGAAAGACCCGGAAGAGCGUGCCACCGCAAUGGAUUUAUUGGAACACGAAUUUAUCCGAAACUGUAAACCAAUAUCCAUCCUCACUGACAUGAUCGAGGAAGCCAAAGUAAUUCGUGAAACGGACGCUCUGAAGAAAAGCGGUAAAGGAGUAUUUUUUGCCGAGGAGGACCAAGAUCCCGGCACCAUUGUCCUCCAGGAUGGAACGCUGCACGUGAUGGACAAUAACGACAAGACGUUGCUCGUACAGUCGCAGGAUACCCAGCCGCUGCAUCCAGAUAAUGUUAAUAACAAGUUUUCCACGAUGAUCAUCAACAACGACGAAGAGGACAGUGACGCGACCAUGAAACGUCAUGACACAGCGGUGGUCUCGUCGGAUGAAAGUUCCUAUCGGCCCAUGUAUUUGGACCAUUUCGAUGCGAAAGACAAGAAAAAUAAUAGUAAUGGACCAGCCAGCAAUCCAGAGAAGCCCGUAAAUAAUCCGCCCGCAUCAUCCCGCACAUAUCAACCAAUCCGUGCCAACGCAGCACCACGCCCGUUCAUGGACAGUGAUUUUGAUUUCCUUAAACUGCUCAGUUAUGAUGAGCUGCACAUGCGUAUGGACAAUUUGGAGAAGGAGAUGGAGCAGGAAAUUGAAGAACUUCGUCAGCGCUAUCAGAGUAAACGCCAGCCGAUUCUCGAGGCCAUUGAUUCUAAAAAGCAGCGGCAAUUGAAUUUCUAGAAACGUUCCUUCUUUACCCCCUUGUGAACGGAUGUCCGGAUUAGGAAUUCGGCAUUCUUAAUGGCUUUUAAGGGAACUUCCUGUUUAAUGGCGCUGCCACACUGCUUCGGCAUUAUGGUUCAGUCACAGCAGUGACAGUGCGUAGUACCUUGCGGUUUUUACUGUUUGUUAACUGGUGAUCUUUUAUUUUUUAUUCUCUGUCUGGUUAGCCUGUUCCAAACUCGCUUUAGUAUCUCAGUCAAGCCGGUGCCGUGUUUUUCUCUUUUUUAGCUUUUACGAAAAAUUGUUUUGCCUUUGUGUGAAAGCACGUCUGUUUUUCCUGCCAGCCAAUGACGUUCUGGGAAAAUACUCAGCCAGCUG